AUGAAGCAAAGAUUCUCGUCUCUAGACGUCAAAGUCAUCACACAAGAGCUGGCCGCGGAGCUGGUCAAUCUCCGGGUGUCCAACAUCUACGACUUGUCUUCGCGCAUAUUUCUCUUCAAAGUUUCCAAACCAGACCACAAGCGCCAACUUAUCGUCGACUCCGGCUUCCGCACGCAUGUCACACAAUACUCCCGUACAGCAGCCACUGCGCCCUCUCCCUUCGUAACACGAUUGCGCAAAUUCCUCAAAUCGCGUCGCAUUACAGGAAUCACCCAGAUCGGCACAGAUCGUGUCAUUGACAUCUGCUUUAGCGAUGGCGCCUUCCACAUGUUCCUCGAGUUUUUCGCCGGCGGAAACAUUAUCGUCACUGAUCGCGAGCAUACAAUCGUUGCGCUGUUUCGGCAAGUGAACGCAACUGAAGGCGAAGAGGCGAAGCUUGGCCUCAAAUAUGAUAUCACCAACAAGCAAAACUACAAUGGAAUUCCGGAUAUCACAUCAGAACGGAUCACACAGACAAUAGAGAAGGCGAAGGCACUGUUCUCUCAGGAGGGAGGUGCUCCCAAAAAGGCAAAGAAGAAGAAUGCGGAUUUCCUACGGAAGGCUCUAUCGCAGGGAUUUCCUGAGUUCCCGCCUUUAUUGCUCGAUCAUGCAUUCGCUGUUGUUGGGCUUAAUGCUGCGACUCCAUUAGACCAGGUCCUAGGCAAUGAGACUGCGCUGCAGGAGGUCAGGAAAGUUCUGGAAGAAGCAGAGAGAGUAUCAAAGAGCUUUGAUGUUAGCAAGGAUUUUACUGGCUAUAUUAUUGCCAAAGAAGAUACACGCUCCUCUGCGGCAGCAGAAGGCGAAAGUGCCUCGAAGACUCCUGGUUUGUUAUAUGACGACUUUCACCCAUUCAGACCCCGGCAGUUUGAGGACAAGCCGGGACUUAAGAUCCUUGAGUUUGAACGGUUCAAUGCAACAGUUGACGAGUAUUUUUCGUCGUUGGAAUCUCAACGUCUCGAGUCCCGACUCACGGAGAAAGAAGAAGCAGCUAAACGCAAGCUAGAAGCUGUGCGGGAUGAACAUCGAAAGCGUAUCGAUGCUCUGAAAGAUGCACAGGAAUUGCAUAUCCGCAAGGCUGGUGCUAUUCAAGAUAACAUGUAUCGGGUUCAAGAGGCGAUCGAUGCUGUGAACGGUCUAGUGGCACAAGGGAUGGAUUGGGGUGAGAUUGCUCGGUUGAUUGAGAUGGAGCAAGGCCGAGGAAACCCAGUUGCGCAGAUCAUCAAACUUCCCCUGAAGCUUUACGAAAAUACCAUCACUCUUCUUCUGGGCGAGGGCGAAGAAGAGGAGGAAGAUGAUGAUGAUGAUGCGGAAUCUAGCGACGAGUCUGAUUCGGACUCGGAGGAUGAAAAGCAGGAGGAAAAAGCCCGUGCUGAUGCUGCUUCGAAGAUGCUGUCGAUUGAUAUUGACCUGAGUCUUACACCAUGGGCUAAUGCCUCACAGUACUAUGAUCAAAAGAAGCAGGCAUCGGAGAAGCAGCAAAGAACCGUUCAGUCUUCUUCCAAGGCCCUGAAAAGUCACGAGAAGAAAGUGACAGCAGACCUCAAGAAGAAUUUGAAGCAGGAGAAGCAAGUUCUUCGUCAGGCUCGUGAGCCAUUCUGGUUCGAGAAAUUUGUUUUCUUUCUCUCGUCAGAAGGAUACCUGUGUCUUGGAGCACGAGAUGCGCUACAGGGUGAAAUGCUCUACCGACGAUAUCUGAAAAAGGGCGAUAUCUUCAUCCAUGCAGACCUGGAAGGAGCGCUACCAAUCGUGGUCAAGAAUCGCGUUGGAACUCCUGAUGCACCUAUCUCUCCCAGUACUCUCUCUCAGGCCGGUAAUCUGUGCGUUGCGACAUCAGUAGCUUGGGACUCGAAGGCUGUCAUGGCUGCGUACUGGGUGCACGCAAAUCAAGUUUCGAAGAUCUCGGACACUGGUGGUGGGAUCCUACCCACCGGUGACUUCCAGAUUAAGGGCGAGAAGAAUUUCCUCGCGCCAUCGCAAUUGGUGCUUGGUUUUUCGAUUCUGUUCCAGAUCAGCAAAGAGAGUCUCCGCAAUCACAAAAUUCAUUUUGACACAACGGAAAUUCUGGCUCCUCAGUCUACAGAACGCCAAGAGGCUCAAGAGCAGCAUAUUGCUGAGAGUGGAAGUGCUGAGCAAAUAAGUCAAGUUGAACCUGCAGACGAAGCAGAUGAGGCAAAGGACGAAUCUGAUGAGGAAGAGGGCGACGAUGAUGAUACAAAGCCGACAGCCCGGAACCCUCUCCAACGAGGGGAUUCCGAAAUUCCUUCUUCAGGAGCACAGAAGUCUGAUGAACCUGAACCAACAUCAGAAUCGGAUGACGAGACUACCAAAGAGGAGGAGCCAACUCUGGAAGCUGAAGUGGACAUCAAUGAAGAUCAGGGUGAUGAGGAAGCCGAAGAGAGUGGAGAGCUUGAAGCUGACGAGACAGCUUCUACGGUUCAAGAGGAAGCCCCUCAAGAAUCAGAAGAGCAGAAUCUCACAGCACGAGAGCGCAAAGCCUUGCGCCAAGGCAAGACCAUCGAUCGCGUAGGCGAGGUUGAGCCCACCCCAGCUCGCAUUGCCCCAACCCGUGGUAAGCGAGCGAAGGAAAAGCGCGCCGCAGCAAAGUACGCCCAUCAAGAUGAUGAAGAGCGUGAACUCGCUCUCCGACUUUUGGGUGCUGGCAAAGGCAAAACCGCCAAGGCAGCCCAAGCAGCGGAAGCCAAAGCCAAGCGUGAACAAGAGGCCGAAGCACAGAAAAAGCGUCGCCGAGCACAGCACGAGCGAGCUGCCGCCGCUGAGCAAAAACGGCAAGCCCAGUUUACUGAAGGAGGUGGCGAUGACUAUAACGAAGAUACCGCUGCCGCGGAAGCUGCUGAUCUUAGCUGGAUUCCAGCCCUAAUCGGUACUCCAACGCCCGAUGACGAGAUCCUCGCUGCUAUUCCCGUUUGCGCCCCAUGGGGAGCGUUGGGCAAAUACAAGUACAAGGUUAAAUUGCAACCUGGUACUGUAAAGAAGGGCAAGGCUGUCAAGGAGAUCAUUGGUCGUUGGGUUUCCGAAACUACUACGGGCAAAGUGAAGAAGGAGCAUGCUGAGGAUGCGGGCCUUUCUCGUGUUGACGCGGAGCGGUUGCGGACUCGAGAGGGCGAACUCAUCAAGGGCUGGAAAGAUUCAGAGAUCAUCAACACUAUGCCUGUGGGUAAAGUGCGUAUCAUGACCGCUGGCAGUGCUGGGGCUGGCGGAGGCGGAGGCGGCGACAAAGGCAAGGGCAAGGGUGGUGGAGGGAAAGGAGGGAAGGGUCACGGUGGAAAGAAGAAAUAG